AUGAAGAAAGAAUUAAACAUUCCUCUAAUGAGUGAUUCGAUUAGUGAUCAACUUCUUGAGGAAAGUGAGGCUAAAAAGAAGGCAAUGCCAGCAAAUCCAGAGAGUUUGAUGUUUUUCUGCUUAGGAAACACCUCAUUACUUUGUUUCAAUAUUAUCAUCAAUGCCAUCGAUAUUUACAACAAACUGACAGGACGUACUGAUAUGGCAGGAAUUUUAAAUCGUACUUACAACUUCCCGAACGCAUUGAUGGCUCUCUUAUUAUGUUUCUUUAAGCCGACGAACUACAAAAUUUCAAUCAUUUUUGCACUCGGAUCUCUUUCUUUUAUCAUGUGCUUCCUUCCGAUUUUCAUUUUAAUCGAUAUUGAUGACCGUGUAAUGUUUUAUUUAACACUUUCAAUUAUUGGACUUACAGGUGUUAUUUCAAGUCUACUUUUCUCAUCAGUAUUCUCAAUGGCAUCCCAAUUCAGUCCAGUUUCCUCUGCAAUGGCAUCAUCUGGUUGUGGAUGCUGCGGAGUACUUGCUUCCGUAUUAAGAAUCAUUACAAAGGCUAUCGCUGCUACAGGAAAAGCAAACCUCUACUCAACAGCUGCUUAUUUCUUUAUUUCUGCCGCUAUAAUUUUCUUUACUCUUAUUUUCUUCAUUGUUAAGAUCAGGAACCCAGAAAUCAAAGAAAAAUUAGUUCCUAAGGUUGAAGAGAAGGUUUCCAUCUUCAGCAGAGAAACAAUCACCGUAAUAAAAUCAAUUUGGGUUUCAUGGCUUUCUGUAUUCGCAAACUUCCUCAUUACGUUAUCUAUAUUCCCAGGAUAUGUUACUGGCACUUACACACCCCCUAAAAUUAGAGAUUGGACCCCAGUUAUUGUUGUUGCAAUUUUCUGCGUCUUUGAUUGGGUAGGACGUGCAGGAUCCGGCUUAAAAGUUUGGCCACCAAGGUUAUUCGCUUGGAUUCCCAUCGUUUUGAGGUUCUUUUCAUUCCCGAUUUUUAUUUUCUCAAUUCAAAAAAGGUUUAAGGCGGAACCAUGGUGGACAUUCGCCUGGAUGAUACCAUUUGCUAUUAGCAAUGGUUAUUUCGGCACAGUUCAGAUAAUUUACGGUUCAAAUCCUGAUGAAUUAAAUUCUGAACAGAAAAAGUUCGCUGGAUUCAUAAUUUCAUUUGCAGUUAAUGCAGGUAUCCUUUGUGCUAUGGGAUUGACAUUCCUUAUGCCAAAACCACCAGAAUAUAACCAAUAA